UGUUACUUUCAUUUGUUCAUUUGGCAAAAACACAUAAAGGAACAAAGACUCGAGCUGAGAAUCAUCUGUGAGGACAAACACACACACACACACACACACAGUGAUGUAACAGCAGAGGACAGAAGAGUCUCCUGCUCGUCCACGCCUGUGUGUCCCUCGUCUCAUCAUGACCGUCACGUACUCCAGCAAAGUCGCCAACGCCACCUUCUUCAGCUUCCACCGGCUGCUGCUGCGCUGGAAGGGAAGCAUCUACAAGCUGCUGUACCGAGAGUUCGCCCUGUUUGUGCUGCUGUACAGCAGCCUGAGCCUGGUCUACAGGCUCGUCCUCUCUAACCAGCACAAGAGGCUGUUUGAGAAACUUUCCAUGUACUGUGACAAAUAUGCAGAGCAGAUCCCCGUCACCUUCGUCCUGGGUUUUUAUGUGACUCUGGUGGUGAAUCGAUGGUGGAACCAGUUCGUGAACCUGCCGUGGCCGGACCGACUCAUGUUCCACAUCUCCAGCUGCGUUCAGGGAAAAGACGAGUACGGACGCCUGCUGCGCAGAACUCUGAUACGCUACGUCAACCUGACGUCGCUCCUCAUCUUCCGCUCGGUCAGCACCGCCGUCUGUAAGCGGUUCCCGACCAUGGACCACGUGGUGGAGGCAGGUUUCAUGACUCCAGAGGAGAGGAAGCUGUUCGACAACAUCCGCUCCCCUCACCUGAAGUACUGGAUCCCUGUGGUGUGGUUCUCCAACCUGGCGUAUAAAGCUAGACAAGAGGGACGCAUCCAAGACAGCAUCGACCUGCAGAGCAUUCUCAAUGAGAUGAAUCUGUUCAGGACCUGGUGUGCCACUCUGUUCGGCUACGACUGGGUCGGCAUCCCGCUGGUCUACACACAGGUGGUCACUCUGGCCGUCUACACCUUUUUCCUCGCUUGUCUGAUCGGCCGACAGUUCCUCGACCCCAGCCAGGGUCACCAUGGUCACGACCUGGACCUCUACGUGCCCGUCUUCACCCUGCUGCAGUUCUUCUUCUACGCCGGGUGGUUGAAGGUCGCAGAGCAGCUGAUCAACCCGUUUGGAGAGGACGACGACGACUUUGAGGCAAACUGGAUCAUCGACAGGAACCUUCAGGUGUCGCUGUUGGCUGUGGACGAGAUGCACAUGGAUUUGCCGCCUCUGACUAAAGACAUGUACUGGAACGACUGCGACGCUCGUCCGCCGUACACGCUGGCCGCCGCCGACUACUGCAUCCCAUCAUUCCUCGGCUCCACCACCGACAUGGGACUCUCCGAAAUUCUGAAUUUUGACGAGGCUGAAGUUAGCAACAACUGUCCACAGCAACAGGAGUCGAUUCUGCCUCGGCGUCAAGAGUCGGUUCUUGGACGAGUCCGUCGGCUGCUCAGCGUUCAGGAACCUCCCGACCUGCGACCUCCUCGACCCUUCUUCAAACGCCACAGCAGCGAUGCAACAGGAGGCUUCUUCGCAGACUUCAGACUCAGUCCAGGUGCAGAUGCCCGGAGUCCGCCCUCCUGGUUGGUCACGCCGCCGGCUCCCGUCGACACCUUGUCCACCUUGAAGGAGGUCAGCAGCAACCCUCCAUCUCCUGAACACUCGCCCGGUGAGGUUUUCCCCCAACUCGCCGUUAGCCCGUCGCUAUUGAACGAUGUCUGUCACAGUGGGGAUUGUUCGGAUGGCAUUGAAGUAACAAAAAUUCAGAAUGGACUGGAUCAUUUCGUCAUGCAAGAAACACCCAGUGUGGAAACUCCAAGAGCCAAAACUUCAGUUUGCUGCUCCCCAACCCAACUCGGACCAAAGGAAUUCCGCUGGACGACGCGCGGCAACCAGAACCGCCCGCCACCUCAUCCCCGCGGGCGCCAGUUGUCCGUCCAGUUUUCCAGGCAGACGUCAAGGGCGUCCGUGCGAAGCCUGCCGAGCCCCAAAGCUUUGGGGAGGCAGAGGCGGGGCCUGGCUCGGUUCAAAUCCAGGAUAUCGCCCGCUCCACCGGCUGACACCCUGCAGCUCCCCGAACCCGAGUUUGACCACAGCUUCCAGGGAGUGCCGGUGACCGAGGACGGUGAGACAGAAGCACCCGGCAGCAGCGGUAGCGAAGACGUCAGAAACAACAACACGGACAAAUGAGCAUCGGUUACAUCGCAAACAAAAGUGAAGGCUUUUAAGUGCCCUCAUUUUGUAGGACAUCCAACAAUGAAUGAUUCCUCUUGAGGGUUGGCUGCGUUUCUACUGUACUUACUGGUCUCUGGUGACAGAAACGUCCCUGUUCCUCAUAGAAGAAAAAUAAAAUUGUUGUUUCAAAGGGAAGAUAAGGAUGGACAGACGAAUGACAGAUAGUGACAGAUGAAAGUUUCUGUGGAAAAAUGUGUUGAUGUAUUUGUAUUCAGCAGUCGUCUCUGAUGCCACCUUGUGGCUCAUCGAGGAAGUAGAAGAACAAAAUGUUGUCUUGGAAACAUUUACCUGUGCUUUUGUGACAACCCUUGCAUUUGUCUGUUUUUUGAAAGUGUUGCCACUGUCGCUGUUGAAUUACAGACUCUGACUUUUUUUUAAAUAAAACUCAU